AUGAUAGUCUGGGUUCAGUUCCCCGGUCUACCGGUGCAUUUCUAUCACAAGGAAUUGCUUUUCACUAUGGGCAAUCUCAUAGGUAGAUCCAUUAAGCUUGACUACCAUACACAACACCAACAGAGGGCAAAGUUCGCCCGGAUGGCCGUCGAGGUUGACCUAUCGAAACCGCUGGUGCCGAGGAUCAGAUUAGACGGUCGGUGGCAGCAAAUUGAAUAUGAAAACCUUCCUGUAGUCUGUUUUGAGUGUGGUAGGGUGGGUCAUACGAACGUCUCAUGCCAAUCCAGGGAACAAGGCGGGAGAGGGGAGUCUGUUCAGGGAGCUUUGGCACCGGCGGCGAUAGUGGCCGACGGGUCCUCGCCGGAGGCCAAUGCCGGCUUCGGGCCUUGGAUGGUGGUGACGCGCAAAUCACGGCGAAAUCUAAAAGACACCGCCACAAAUGGUAAGGCAGCGCAAGUCUUGGCGAUUACCAACGGGCAGAAGAAAGAUGAAGGAAGGAAAGAGAGCGGGACUUCCGGGAUGGCUCAACCUCAGAGCAUUGGGAAUUCGCUGCAGAAGCAACGGCAACAGACAGGGGAAUCUCAAGCAGCGAAAACUGAGGGGAAAGGCAAAGGAAAGUCGAAGGGGAAAGGGAAAGCGAUGGAAGCAGUAGGGUCAGCCGAAAAAGGGUUGCUGGGCCCAAAGCCCACUUCGGGGGAGGCAUCUUCGAGCGGGACAAGCAAUGGGCUCAAGACGGCGGCCCGGGCUUUUGAAUCCCAAUCCGAACGUUCCCAACAGGCUGUGAAGUCUGCGUGUGGGCUGACGGAGAUGGAAACGGGCCUGGCCCCUUCAUCCGGCCCGACGACCCAGACCAUUAACGGGGAAAAUGGCACUAAGAUCCGGAUUGUUGAGACGCAAGCGUAUCAACCACCUGCCCCUCGCGUGGCCGACCCGGACGUUCCAUCGGCGGUCUCCAGGACAAAUUCGAAGAAGGAGGGGCGCGGCAGUGGAACGAAGAGGACGGCGACACCCAAGAAAGGGACCGCGAUGCGCCACAAUCCGCUGAAGCCACUACAAAUCUGGUCCCCGGUGAAAGAGAAGAAGGGUCGAAAUAAAGAGAAGAGAGUCUCCCUAACUCUGCAACAAAUCAAGGAUUGGACGGAUGCGGCCAAACCGAAGACAGUGGCAGAACCUGAAACAAUGAACAGGGAAGCUGCGGAGGAGAUGGUGGCAAUUUCGAGUGGGCCAGUGAGCAAUCCGAACGUCCCUGCUCUCUAA